AUGCCUCCUACAAAGCGACAAAAGAUCUCGCAAAAGAGCUCCCCUGUCAAGGAGUCCCGCGUCACUGACAGAGACUCGUCUCCCGCCUCAUCAGUCGCCUCUCAACCCGAAGUCGAGGGUGGUGUUACUGCCGACGCUUCAGAGGAGGUCACAAAGAGCUUCAAGGAUCUCGGAGUUGCCGACUCUCUCUGCGACGCAUGCGCUAAUCUCGGAUACACAAAACCCACUCCCAUCCAGGCACAGUCGAUCCCACAUGCCCUAGCCAAUCGCGACAUCAUCGGCCUGGCCGAAACUGGUUCGGGAAAGACAGCGGCGUUCGCGCUGCCGGUAAUCCAGGCUCUCCUGGAAAAGCCUCAAGCAUUCUUCGGGUUGGUACUGGCACCUACAAGAGAAUUGGCCGCUCAGAUCGGCCAGCAGUUCGAAGCUCUUGGCAGCUUGAUCUCGCUCAGAACAGCAGUGAUUGUGGGUGGUCUAGAUAUGGUUGCUCAAGCCAUCGCCCUUGGCAAGAAGCCACAUGUCAUCGUGGCAACACCCGGAAGGCUGGUAGACCAUUUGGAAAAGACAAAAGGGUUCUCCUUGCGCUCUCUCAAAUACCUCGUCAUGGACGAAGCCGAUCGGUUGCUGGACAUGGACUUCGGCCCCAGCAUCGACAAGAUUCUCAAGUUCAUACCCCGUGAACGCCGAACGUUUCUCUUCUCCGCCACCAUGAGCUCUAAGAUUGAGAGUUUGCAAAGAGCCAGUCUGCGCGAUCCCGUACGCGUUAGCAUCAGCUCCAACAAGUACCAGACCGUCUCAACUCUCCUGCAAUACUACCUCUUCAUACCGCACCAGCUGAAAGACACCUACCUUGUCUACCUAGCCAACGAGUUCGCUGGCAAAAAGCUAGUCGUCUUUACGAGAACAGUUUCCGAAACGCAAAGAUUAGCCAUCCUGCUCCGUACGCUAGGUUUCGGCGCUAUUCCCCUCCAUGGCCAACUCAACCAGACAGCCCGUCUCGGAGCCCUUAAUAAGUUCCGCGCAGGAGAGCGAUCAAUCCUAGUAGCUACUGAUGUGGCUGCCCGAGGACUCGAUAUUCCUCUCGUAGAUGUCGUCAUAAACCAUGAUUUAGCCCAGGAUUCAAAAACACAUGUGCAUCGUAUAGGCCGAACGGCGCGUGCUGGAAAGUCGGGUAUUGCCCUGAGCCUUGUUACACAAUACGACCUCGAAAUAUGGUUGCGCAUUGAGGCUGCUCUUGGCAAAAAGCAGGACGAGUAUCCCACGCAGAAAGAAGAGGUCAUGGUGUUCCAAAGCCGUGUUGAAGAGGCACAGAGACAUGCCAGAAUGGAGAUGAAAAACCUCAUGGAGACGAAGGGCAAGAAGGGAUCGACGCUGAAGGGAAAGAGAGGCGGUGCGGGUGGCGGUAGAAAGCGGCGCCACGACGACAUGGAUACCGAGGAGGGUUAA